UUCUGUCAAUCUGUCUGGAAGGUUGUUCUUCUCCUACUUGGCUAUUUCUAAAUGCCCGGACUUGUAGAACAUAUAGCGGAUAGGCUUAGGUAGUGAGAAGCCUGCACAGCAAGAGACACCAGAGCCGUAUCAAUGCACUAAAAAGUGGAAAAUGAUCAUCUGCACGAAAAAAAUGGAUUAUCGCCUCGGAACUCAGUGCCAGCGCGUCCAAAAUCAGGUGAAAGUCAACAGUGAGAAGGAGCGUGCCUCGGUGCUGUGCAUGAAGGCGUUGGCCACCAGGGGGCGUCUGGACUCUGUGUCGCAGCACAUGGCGUCCCAUCCGCAGUACCUGGAGUCCUUCCUGCGCACCCAGCACUACAUCCUCUACAUGGACGGGCCCCUUCCACUGCAGUACCGCCAUUAUAUAGCCAUCAUGGCGGCAGCACGUCACCACUGCAGCUACCUGGUGUCUCUGCACACGGCCCAGUUCCUGCGUGCGGGUGGGGAGCGGCUGUGGCUGCAGGGCCUGGAGUCGGCGCCCGCCAGACUACGCCACCUCGACCAGAUCAACAAGGUCCUCGCCCACCAGCCCUGGCUCACAUCACGCUCGCACAUACAGGCCCUGUUGAAGAGUGGUGAGCAGUGCUGGUCCCUGGCGGAGCUGGUCCAGGCCGUGGUUCUAUUGGCCCACUGCCACUCCCUGUGCAGCUUCGUCUUCGGCUGCGGGGCCGAUGCUGAAACCAUGGCGACGCCCAUCCCCCGCAUCCCCCAUCAGCAGCAUCAGCACCAGCACCACCACAGCGGCACGCCCCCACCGUACUGCCCCAGCGACGCUGCCAACGGCAACACCGCCACCGUGCCCUCCCACACCGUGCCUUUGGACAGGAAACCACGCCGACGGUCUCUGGACUCCAGCUGUGACAUGGCCUUCCUCAGAGAGCGGAUCCAGAAAUCACAAGAGGAGAAGGAGAGGAGAGGAGAGAAGCUGCUGCACUCACAAACACUCAACACAGACGCUGAGGAUGAUGAGGAGAUGGAGUGUUGGGCUGACCCCUCUCGCUUUGUGACGGACCCCGACUUCGGCUACCAGGAGUUCUCACGCCAGGACGAAGACCACCUGCAGGUACUCAGGGUGCAGUUGUUUGCCCUGCAGGACUACUCGUGGGAGGACCACGGCUUCUCAUUGGUCAACCGCCUUUACUCGGACAUCGGCCACCUGCUGGACGACCGCUUCCGCAGCGUGGCCGCGCUCCCCUCCACACACACGCCCGACCUCCAGCGGGCCAUAUGGAACUACAUCCACUGGAUCUACGGCAUACGAUACGACGAUUAUAACUAUGGCGAGGUGAACCAGCUGCUGGAGAAGGGCCUGAAGCCCUACAUCAAGGCGGUGGCCUGCUACCCGGACGCCACCAAGACGCCCAUCUGCCCCUUGGCCUGGGCCGCACUCAAACCUGCUGAGAAGGUGCAUGUGAACCUGCUGGUGAUGGAGGCUCGGCUGCAGGCUGAGUUGCUCUACGCCCUCAGAGCCAUAACGCAGCACAUGAUCGCCUAGCCUAGCCUAGCCCAUUAUAAUGUCACACCCCCCACAGCCCCAGCCAUUGGCCGAUGCCUCAGAGAGGCGGGACUUGGCUGGAGAGUGUGAUCGGGCGGUGGCAGCAGCGAUGGCAAAGGGGUUUGUUUGUUUCGAGUGUGUGAGUUGCACACAUCAGUGGUACUGACCCCUGACGAAGGUGUGUUGUCAGUUGACCUGACUGACAGACUGAUUUCUGCGACGCUGAUGGAUGCGCUGGCAAAGACGGAGAGAAAAAAAGGAAAGAGAGAGAAAGAAUGCGAUAGAAAGAUGGAGAAGGCAGAUUGAAUUUUUUGCUUUCUUUCUUAUUUUUUGUGUCGUCAUUUUCAGUGCAGAGUUUACCGGUGUGCUGAGGUACUGCUGUGAAGGUUCUUUGCCAAAGGUGAAACUCUCUCUACUACAGGUGCAAAGCAAUCUCUCUUUGUGUUCUCUACGUUACUUUUUUUUCGUUGGCUUUGCCCAGAACGAUUAAUGUGCAAUUAAUACUAUUAUUAUUAUUGUUGUUGUUGUUAUUAAUGAGGUUUUUUUUCAUUAUUAUUGUCUUGUGAAUGACUGAUGUAUGGUUGGCUGGUGGGAGGAUGGGUUGGGUGGAUGGAUAGGACAAGGAGGACAGGAUUUCAAAUGCCAACAUUUACCCCUUUUUUUUCUUUCUCGUCAUUCUCAUCUGACGAACUUUCGAACUUUUAACUUCAUUUAAAAAAAAGAAAAAGAGUUGAGUUUAGGUCAUUCACUAUCACUAGUGUAUUGAAUGUGAAUCAUUUAAGUUGGGAGAGAUCGCUGUUUAUCUUCUGUUCUGUGUGUGUUUGUGUGUGCGCGCGCGUGUGUGUUUUUGUUUUGUUUGUUAGAUUUUUUUGUCAGGGUAUGUAUGUAUUUUUAAGCUAAAAAAAAAAAAAGACAUCUGACCAUUUGUCUUCUGUGUUCCCGAGCACGUCCGUCAGGCAAGCGAGAUCUCACGUGAGAGCGAUAAGAACACGCGGCGUGCGAUAAGAAGACGCAGUUAAAAAGACAAAAGUACGAGAGGAGAGGAAAAGCACAAAAACAAAAAUAAAAAAAGCCUCCCGAGAACACUGCAGCCAUAAUGACACCACCGUAGUUUCUUUUAAGUAGCACUUUUUAAUAUAAUAAUAAUAAUAAAUAAAUAAAAAUAAAAUAUAUAACUAAGAUAUGUAUACCUAUUAUAACUCCUGAAAAGAUGGAUAGUGGAGAUGAUGAUGUUGAGCAAGAUGGCCUGGUAGUCCUGACAUAGCCUUUUCAGCAAACCACCGGGGGUAUUCCAGGAAGCAAUCCUACAGGAAGUGAUGAACCUUAUGAUAGAUAGCCAGCAGGCGUCAUUUCAGAAAAUGAGGACUUUCGGCUCUUAUAUUAGAUGAUUUACCAUUGCCUCAAGGUUAACUUAACCUGGUUGACUUGAAUCAGAUUUGUGGAACCCCCCCCUGACCUGGCUCUCUAGGUCGUGUGUGUGUUUGUGUGCAGUGCAGGAACCCAGAUGGUUGACUGAUUAUGAGGCUGUUUUUUGAUGCCAAUCGUCCGCCAUUUCAGAACAUAUUUUCUCACUAGCUCCGACUCCUCCCCUUUCAAUAGACACCACCCCCUUUCCACCGGACUCCUCCCCCUUCCCCUUGUCAGAGCACUUCAGUGGGCACGUUCAUGAAGGUGCAUGUUGCGCAGCGCACAUACAGUAUGCACUGCUGCGAGAUGACAAUGCAUUGUUUUUGUGCAGUGUGUGUACUGCACAGAUUUGCACAGCAUGCACCAUCGGAAACGUGGCCAAUAGCUUUUGAGCCUGAUGAACACGAGAGAGCUAGCUGAACAGUUGGACAUCACACAUAUCUUUCCCACAGUUCCCUGAGCUUUAUUAUUUUCUUUUUAAAUUACCAUUAUCUUUGAGAUAAUGGAGGCUAGAUGUUAUUGUCAAUAUAUCCUUGUAUCCCUAACCCAAACCAGAAGCCAUAACAGUAUUCGGGCAAUAUCAACAGCAUUUGGUCAACUGUUGUAAAUGCAGGAGUGGCAGUGAGGUUGUGAUUGCGUUGUGGACCCCAUCAGAACUCACUGGUUCACCAGGCAUUUCACUGUGUGUAGUGCCUUGGUUGUAUGGGUAUGUGCGCUAUGCAGCGCAAGGCCUAAGAAUGAACGAGAAAUCUUUUCAUGUUCUUGCCCCUUGACUUUUCCCGGUUAACUUUAUGUAUAUUAUAAUUAUAUAGUGUUUGCCAAGGUUGUUUGUCGAAUACAAGUAGCAUUAUUUCAGUUGCCCUCUUAGGGGUUAUUUCACUUGGUGUGAGAUGACCUACCCAGCUAAGGGGCUACACCUAACCCCCUUCCCUUCUCCCCUUGGUAGGAAAACCGAUAAGCUAAAGUGAAUGAAGAAGUGUCUUCCUGCAUUGCUCUUGACAGUCAUGCAGUAGAUCCACUGUUUUCUCUCUGAGGAGGCCAUAUUGAUCUAUUGACUCUGUGUCCAGAGUUCCAUCACCUCAGACAACUGGGGGGAAUAUUCUAGAACGGUUGUUGGAAAGAAUAUAUCAGAAUGCUUGUGUUGGAAAUUAUAUUCUAGAAUGGCUUUUGGAAAAGAUAUUUGAGACAGGCUGUUGAAAGACAUAAAGCGUAGCGAGGGAGAAACCUAAACCUCCCUAACUUUUUUUUUCUUUUUCUUAAUUCGUUGCUGAAAUAUUGCAUUUCACAAACUGAUCUGUUAUUUUGGUCGGUUGGUUGACUGUUGUCUUGCUGUACUCAAUAAACAGGAUUCAAUCCAAUCCUUGUUUUUUGGACACACAAAAAGAAUUAAUAUUGACAUUUCGUGCAAUUUUCACGCAUAUUAGCUUGAAAAACUGACGAUCCAGUUGAGAGCUUUUUUUCUGAAAUGACCCCUCAGAUGUACCAAAAUGUCUUUGUUUGCUUUGAUUCUAUUACGAUUGUCAUUACUAUUGUUUUCUAUCUGUCAACAUGUCACAGAUGGUGAAUGUGGGUCACUGGUGUAGGUCACGGGUUAGACUUCAGUGGGGUCAGCUCUAUUCUGCAGUGAAGCCAAUAUCAGACUUGAAAACGAGAGCAAGCAUCAAUGAUAUUUAAACGCGAUGAAGAAGGUACACGUGUAAGAGCAGAACAAUAUUGUUACCACAUUUGUAGGGGGAAAAAUGUUUUUGUUUUUUAAAUGUACUUUUUAACGAAAAAUCAUUUUUUUUAUGUUGCAAUUUUGUUUGUUACUAUGAUUGUUCAGCUAUUUUGUGUGUGUAAGAGUGUGAGAAUGUUUAGUUUUUUUGUGAGUGUAUACUGUUAUUUUUGUUUUUGCUUUUGCUUUUUGGAGAGCGAGGGGGAUAUUCGCUGCUAAAAUCCUAGAGUCCUGUGUGGUACACUGAGCUACUCAGACAACACAGUAGAGGAGGGAGAGAGAGACGGAGGGAUAGAGAAAGAUGGAUAGACAGAAAUAGAGAGGGAGGGAGAGAGAUAGAAAGAUGGAGAGAUUGAAAGAUGGAGAGAUCAGCAGAGAUGGAGGGAUAGAAAGAUAGAGAUUGAGCGAUUGCCCUCUGCUUGUGUCUGGAGCAUUACUGCUGUGUUUUGGUUUACCACCUUUGGGGCUAAUGAGGAAUCUGCACUCAUGUAGCGAUAAUGUGCAUAUCACCAUGGACAUUGGGCUGGAGAGACAGACAGGCAGACAGACAGACAGAUGGGUGAUGGUCUUAGCUGUCUGAGCUGUGUAGCCCAUGUGCUGGACCGAGAGUCUGUCCACAGAGUACCACCUUUGAUGGCGUGCAGUGAUGUGCCUUUUUUGAACAGGGCUGAGGGGCUUCAACCUCCAUUUGGUUGGGUUUUAAAUGUGAGGGUGUGAGUGUGUCGAGACGGUAAUAUCUAAGGACUGCUCUAACAGGCUUAUCACCAUGCUUUGCUGUGUUUUGCUGUCUUGAGCGGGUGUUGGGGCGUGAAUAAGGAGACCCAACCGAUCGCAAAUGUCUGGAUGAACAUCUUGUUUGGAUAUACACCCCAACCUCCUCCUCCCUGGCCUCGACCCCUUUCCCUGGACUUGAAAGCUUGCUUCUGUGGCGUCACAGUGGUAAAGGCUCCUCCACCACCACCACCACGCUCCUUGUGCACAAACGAACAAGGAAGUAAACAGGAAAUGCUCUGCCAUGGCACCUGAUUGGCUAACUCACCAUUCAUCAGCCAAUGGUGGCACCCCACUUGUUUUUGUUUUGUCCCUUCCCCAUUUUUUUUGUUUCGCAGCCCCUCCCAUCUGCCCAAAGAACUUUGCGGGACAGUGCCUCCGACACUGGGGAUUUUUUGAAGGAGCAUGGCUAAUGGUAGCCAAGUUGUUCAAUUAUUAUUUACCGCGUAAAUAAAUGGACAAUAAAAAUAAACAAAAAAAAUGUCAAAUGAGUUUAAAAAAGAGAAAAAAAUUCAUUCUUUUUUUUCUUCAGAAAUGUGAAAACUUAUUUUUUCUAUAAAGAUAUGUGAUAUCA